AUGCCGCCCACGCUCACGUCCCCGGCCCUCACGGCACUGCGCCUGAGCAGCAAUGCUUCCGCCCUCCUCCCGAAGACCCAAUGCCGGCACGCGACGCUCUUGCGGCGACCGAAGCGGCCGUACACCUUCACCCAGCUGAUCACCCUCUCCGACGGCAGCACCUACCUGCACCGCACGACCUCGCCUGCCCCCGUCUACCGCAGCACCAAAGACAUCCGCAACCACCCGCUGUGGAAUCCGAGUAGCCAGAAGCUGCUGAACAUCGAGGAGGAUGAGGCCGGCCGGCUGCGCUCCUUCAGAGCCAAGUUUGGGCGCGGUUGGGAUUCGGAGGUAACCGAGGAUCCUGAGCAGCCUCGCCAAGGCGAUGAAGAACUACCACAUCAAGGAUCGGAAGAUAAUAUGCUAGAUUUGAUCAGCGGAUACAGCAAGGCGCGGGAAACAAACGCCGCAGGCGAGCGAGGAAAACCAGUAAGCGGGAAGAAUGUGAAGGGCUCCAAGUAA